UGCAUGGAGUAGCCUAUUACAUGCGCUCACGCUCGUCAAGCCAGAUAACGGGACGUAAAGAUGGGGUACGACACCAGUUGCUCUCUUUAAAAUAGCCUCUCCUGUCGGAGAAUGACCCCCCCUCAGCGCCUUUCGGAAUGCCGUUUCUCUCCGCGAGCACAAGGGCCACGCGCCAGAUGGCCACAUCAUAACCGACUGUGAUACUUGAUACCAUUGCACUAAAGCUGGACCUUAACUUUGAGGAUCUGAUGGAUUUAAAGAGGGUGCUGUCCUUUCCUCCAUAUCCAGGGGAUUAUCUGCACCCAGUGGUGUACGCCUGCACUGCAGUGAUGUUGCUCUGCCUGCUGAUUUCUAUCAUGACAUACAUUGUUCACCACAGCAUAAUCCGAAUCAGCAGGAAAGGAUGGCACAUGCUCCUCAACUUCCUCUUCCACACUGCCGUGACGUUUGGGGUGUUUGCAGGAGGCAUCAACCAGAUCAAGUACCCUGUGAUUUGUCAAGUGGUUGGCAUUAUCUUGCACUACUCCUCCCUCUCUAGCAUGCUAUGGCUGCUCUUCACUGCCAGAAAUAUCUGCAAGGAGGUGUCCAAGGCUCCGCCCAUACCUCAGGACAGGGACAAUCCCACAAAAGCACGCCCUAAAGCCACCAUUUUCAGGUUUUAUAUGGUCAGUGGUGGGGUACCCCUAAUCAUAGUGGGCGUUACGGCUGCUGUUAGCUUGGAUAACUACGGUAGCAGAGAUGGCGCCCCUUACUGUUGGAUGGCCUGGAAGCCCAGUCUGGGCGGCUUCUACGGACCCACUGCCUUCUUGGUCUUGGUAAUGUGCAUCUACUUUCUGAUCACAUUCGUGCAGCUAAAGCGGCACCCGGAGCGCAAGUACGAGCUCAAGGCCAUGACCGAAGAACAGCAGCGUCUAGCCGUGGCUGAAAUCGGACACUGCCACGCCGUCAGUGGAGAGCCAGGUGAGCACGGUGAGCACACAGGCUGCACAGCCAUCACAGCGUCUAUGUUGGCCAACGAGCACUCUUUCAAAGCUCAGCUGAGGGCCACCGCCUUUACGCUCUUCCUCUUCCUGGCCACCUGGGCUUUUGGCGCCCUGGCUGUAUCACAGGGUCAUUUUCUAGACAUGAUCUUUAGCUGCCUGUACGGAGCAUUUUCAGUCACAUUGGGGCUUUUUCUGCUGAUACAACACUGUGCCAAACGUGACGACGUGUGGCACCGGUGGUGGGCCUGUUGCCCCAACAAACCAAAGGUGGAGGUCAAUGGGGAAGCGGCAGGGAACGCCGUCCCCGCCUCCCAAAGUCACAGCCAUACCCCGUCCCACGGGCAGAAUCAAAUCCACUGCCAGGUCGACUCGUCCUGCCUGGGUAAACCUCUACUCUCCCCUCACCUCCACUCCCCAUCACCACACUGUAAGUUGGGUACUCUGCCUUCAACCCAGAACCAUAUGAGCACCUGCUGUGCCACGCUUCACAGUCCCUCUUCGAUCGGGAAUGCGACCCGUCCACAGUCCCUCACUGAUGAACUGCCCCGGCCAACCCUUCCCCUGCAAAGCUGCCUAAAGGACAGGUCUAAGACUCGAUCCUUCAACCGACCUCGGCCCUGCCUCAGGGACUAUUCUUACCACAUGACCUCCACCAGCAUGGAUAGCAGCGUGCACAGCUCCCAUUUGGACAGCCCCCACAGUGUGCACCUGGACAACCCUCUAACCUGCCACACGUCACACUUGGACACUCAACUCUCUUGUCACAGCCCCCAUCCGGACAACCAGCUUCGCUGCCCCAGUCCUAGUCCUCACCUCGAGAGUCUGGCUUCACACAGCCUUCACGAUAGCCUCUCCUGCCAUAGCGGGCACUUGGACAGUCAGCUCUCCUGCCACAGACACAUGUGCUGUGCCAAAGCAGACCCGUUUUCGAACAUAUGCUGCCCUAAAGCUGAACUGUUUGUCAGCUCUUGCCAGGCAGAGGAUCCUGACAUGGGACCGCUGAUGUACAGUUGCGCAAAAAUGGCAGAUAAACAGGACGACGCCAUGCUGCACUUGGAUAUAACACCUCCGCGGGCAUCUCUGUCAUGCUCCCAGGCCACGCUUGGCAGGAAAGGCACCCUCAGCCGGCGAGGGACGCUGAGCCGGAACAGUAGUCAGCAGGAGGAUUACCUACUUGCCUCGGAUUCCACGGGUAACAUUAGGACUGGACCUUGGAAAAACGAGACAACUGUGUAGGCUUGUGAAUUACGUGCUAACCUGUUUCUCUCGCCUGAGCUAAACUACUGUGUAGUCCCAGGGCUGUUACCCAAAGGCCCUCUCUUCUCUGAGCUAAGCUACUGUGUAGUCCCUCUGCUGUGACUUCCCUCUCUCACCCGCCCCAUAUACCUUCUCUUCCCCUUUAAAGAGGUUUGAACCUCUGCUUACCUCUUCUCAGACUUCAUUUCAUGUCUCAUCCCAGCUCCAUUUGGUUUGUUCUCUUGACAUUUUGAUAUGGCAGCAAAGAUCACAUGCCAUAUGUUUUAAUUUGGAUGGUCUUUUAUAAUCAAACUGAUUUUUGUACAUGUGUUUUUGGGUAUGGUAUCAUAAUGUGCAAUUAUGUUGUUGUGGAUGUGUGUGUGUUUAGUAGGUAAGAAAGAAGUGAAUGCAUGUGUAUAUGUAUAUUUGCAUGUGACAACAUGCUUGUGUGUGUAUAUACCAGAUAGCAAGAUGAGCCCUCUCUUUUAGUGCCAAAAUCUCCCACAUUUCCGUUUUGCAUUUUAGUUAAAAAAAAAAAAACUCUAAAUGAUCGGCAAGUGUGAAAACACCAGCAUUUAAUUCGAUUUUCACUUUUAAAGAAACCUGUGAAUUAUCACUGCGGAAAUUAAGAUGAAUCAAUGAACAGUUAUAUGUGCCAAAUAGUACAAUAAUGAAAAUGAAAACUUUUUAAAACUGAGAUCUAGCCCAAAGUACCAAGUAGUCUGUGAUAUGUUGAUAAUGGUGUGUGGUUGUCAAAACGAAGCUGUCAUUUUUUUUCUUUUACAGACAUAAAAACAGCAAACAAAUAGUC